GGGCACUUCAUCCCCUCUCCAAUUCCAUCUGACCGUUCUGAACGGAAUGGCUCCGCUACCUCUGACCCCUCACCCUCUGACCAACUCUCCUCCCUCCAUCCACCUCCCUCUCCUGUUAAAUGUUCCUCUCAGCCUUGCUCUCCUGCUGAACAACCCUCUGUACCCCAGUCACCUGCCAAAAACCCUUCCCCAGUGAAAUCCUCUCCAGUGGUGUCCCACCCUAGUUCUCCCUCUCCUACCAACCCUCUGGAUCGUCAUGGAGACACCAGUCAGGAGGGCACAACAGUCAGACCUCUGUCUCUUCAGGACCACUCCAGUCCAAGGCCCCAGAGACCAGUCUCAGCCACCAGAAGCAUGACUCUUCCCAGGGCCAGCUCAGCCACCAGAAGCAUGACUCUUCCCAGGACCAGCUCAGCCACCAGAGGGUCAGAAGAGACCCAGGGGGCCAGAGGAGAACAGGUGGCACUGGUCAACAUGGAACUUCUUGGGUUGCCUAACAUUGGCAACACUUGCUUCCUUAACGCCACCCUGCAGUGCCUCCUGGUCCUGCCUUCCUUCUCAAAGGAAAUCCUGCACCAGGAACAACUCUGGAGCUCCUCCCCCUUCUCCAACCUGCUCAGGAGUCUGUCUGAUGUGCACCGUUCAGGUUUACCUGACAGUGUGGAAAACCAGGCCUCAAAAGCAGACCUCAUGUGGAAGGUCAAGUACUCCUUGUCGGGAUACGAUUUGAAGUAUCUGGGGGACACGCAACAGGAUGCACACGAGUUACUUGUCAAUAUGCUGUGCCAGCUGAAGGAGGAGGGCAUGAUUCUGAAGACACUCGGGAUGAACUAUACCUGCCCUGUUUCCCAGCUGGAGUUCCAGCUUGUGUCGGUGCGCACAUGUACCAGCUGUGGGCGCGAGUCGUCCACCAGAGAGGACUACAACCACCUCUCAUUGGACUUCAGCCCUGAGCGCACCUUGCUGAACAGCCUAGCACUCACUUUCAAAAGUGAACAGGUUGAAUUCACAUGUGAGGGCUGUAAAGGCCUCCACGCCUCAAAGGUGGAGCAGUUCCACACACUGCCUCUUGUGCUGGUUUUGCAUCUGAAGAGGUUUGGAGGACCUGGGGGGGUUGGAGAAGCUGGAGGCUCCUCUUUUGUUUCCUUCGGAGCUGAGGCUCUCCACCCUCUGUGGGGACAUGGUGCCACACCUGCACAGUGCCAGCCCACAGGCCCUCACCAACCAGGCCCCCAGCAUCCAGGGGUCCAUCCCCCAGACCCUUGCCAGCCAAGUCUCCAGCCCACCUGGAGUGGCCAAAGACAGCGCCCUCUGCUGUUCAUAAGCAGAAGCCAGUACAGUCAGUGAAUGGUUACUACCAGCUGACUGGCGUAGUCUCUCAUUUGGGAGGCUCCGCAAACUCCGGGCAAUAGAGCGGGAGGCCCCAGCACACAGGGCCUAACAGGGCCACCAGCAUCAGCCCCAGCCUAAACAGGGGCAGCACCUGGACCAGCCUC